UCAAAACCAAAAGUCGAAACGAAAAUUGAGAAAAUUUUACGAAAAUUUAUUCUUGUGACAAUAUUUCGAAAAUCUAUUUUAUUUUUAUUAAUAUAUCUGCCUAUAAUAAAAUUAUAGUUUGCUCGAGUGAUAGGCAAUAAAUUCAAUUAUAUUAACUGUCUAUGACCUGAAAUAUGAGCCAGCACAAUACAUAAAUUAUCCUUUUCAGAGAUGAUAAGGCAAUCAUUAAAAUUCCGUAAAACAGUUACUAUAGUUUGUGUUUUAUCAUUAAUUAUCUUUAUAUUUCUUAUUCUUAGGCGAGACAAAUUGAAUAAUAUUGAUAUUGAGGGACACCAAAGACUAGAUAAUACACAGAACAUCGGGUAUCGAGAUUUUAAUAGAAUGCCAAAGAAAGACGACAACAGACAAGAAGCCGCCGAAAUGGAAAUAAAUAAUGAUGAAGCUAAACAAGAGCUGCAAGAAGCCAAGGCUCGACUGGCACAAUUAGAGAAAAAAAUAGCCAUAUUAGAGGGUAGAAUACCUCAGAAGUAUCCUGAUGUGAAAUAUCUUGGGUACAAGGAAAGAAAAAGAAUAUUGGUAACAGGGGGCGCAGGAUUUGUUGGUUCUCACCUUGUAGAUGUUCUGAUGACCCAAGGCCAUGAAGUGAUUGUGGUUGACAACUUCUUUACUGGCAGGAAAAGAAAUGUUGAACAUUGGUUUGGGCACAGGAAUUUUGAAAUGAUACACCAUGAUAUUGUAAACCCAUUAUAUGUAGAGGCAGAUGAAAUAUACCACUUAGCUAGUCCGGCAAGCCCACCUCACUACAUGCAGAAUCCUGUUAAAACAAUCAAAACAAACACAUUGGGGACAAUCAAUAUGCUUGGUCUGGCGAGAAGAGUUGGAGCCAAGAUUUUAAUAGCAAGCACUUCAGAAGUGUAUGGAGACCCUAUGGUGCACCCACAGCCUGAAUCCUAUUGGGGACACGUGAAUCCUAUAGGGCCAAGAGCGUGUUACGAUGAAGGCAAGAGAGUGGCAGAGACUCUAGCGUACUCCUACGCUAAACAGGAGAAGGUAGAUGUGAGGGUAGCUAGAAUAUUCAACACAUACGGACCAAGAAUGCACGUCUCAGAUGGACGAGUUGUAUCCAACUUCAUUAUGCAAGCGAUACAAAAUCUAACUAUAACCGUGUAUGGCAACGGGAAACAGACCCGAUCAUUUUGCUAUGUAUCAGAUCUGGUGGACGGCCUCCUAGCUUUGAUGGCGUCCAGUUAUAUAUUACCUGUCAAUAUUGGAAAUCCUGUAGAACAUACGAUAGAAGAGUUCGCAGUAAUAAUAAAGAACCUAGUCCCGGGCUGCCGCAGCACGGUGUCGACGGGCGCGGCGGUGGAGGACGACCCGCAGCGGCGCCGCCCCGACAUCACGCUCGCGCACACGCAUCUGCACUGGAAGCCUAAAGUAUCCUUACAAGACGGAUUACAGAGAACAAUCGACUACUUCAAAGAAGAGCUAUCAAGAACAACGUUCUACAACAACCAGACGUACAUGGAUGUGAAAGUGAAAGCGCCUCACUGAGUGCGGCACGCAAGUAAUGUGAAUCCUCUAUCAUUGUGAUAUUAGCAUUAGGACGCUAAAUGACUGUUUGAAAUGUUGUGACUGACAGAUGUAUUUGUGUAUUUUAGUACAGUAUAGUAGUAGGCUGACAAGGUGAGACAAAACACAUAAACAAAUUUACUCUUAUAAACAUGUAGAAAAUUUCACUUAAAAAGUGUCCAAUUUUGCUUUGACAGUUUUAGAAUUAUUGGUAAAGAAAAAAAUAUACCAAAACGCCUUUAAAUAUAGUUCAAUAUUCAAUAAAAUCCCAAAUACAGAGCAAAUUCAUCCUUAAGUAUUUAGUUUAAGGUUAAAUUUGCAAAUGCGAUUACUUGAAUUGAGUGCCAAGAAUUUGUGUUUGGGACUCAUUGAGUGAGGACGUUUUUUGGUCACUGAUUGUGCAUCCACUUUUUAAUAGGAGAUCGAUGACCCCAAUACACCGAAUCAAAAGCCUCAAAUAUACUACUCGUUAUGUAUGUCUUUUGCCCGAAUCAAAAGCCUCAAAUAUACUACUCGUUUUUUGUUAGUGUGUACAUUAUCUUAUUUGUUUAACUUCAAUCAACUUCGCGUGUACUGUAUGGGGGUUGAAAGGACUUGAAGCGAUCCGAGGUUCAAACACUAAAGGUACUCUACUAGCUUCAGGACUUUGUCAAAGCGAGUACUGUAUUUGAGGCUUGAUUUGAUUGUGAAAGCGUAUUAUCUGUCCUUGUCCAUUGUAUAGGCCAUGUUUAUGUUUUGAUUGCUGUAAGUUGUAACAAAACUCUGACUUCCUCUGAUUAAGGAUGGAUAAGUAGGAUUAGAUUCACGUCACGGCAUAUCUCUUGAAGACAAAAUAGCGUAUUGUCGACCAAUAGCGCCGAAACGGAAAUAUCGCUAUCUCUUUCGUUGCGAUAGGAUGAAAGAGAGCGAUAUUUUCGUAUCAGCCGCUAUUUUUGACUGUGUUUUCCCUUCACGAUAUAUAUCGUGGCGCGCAUCGUACACAAGGCACUAUUACAGCUACACACAUCUUUGGGUAUACAGUUCGUAAUACAGGAAAGCUGCCAAUGCAGAAGAUAUCAACUUUCGUUGAUUGAACAAAUAUAACGAAUAUUGUUUACAUUUUUUAUCUCGCCUUGUUAGCCUUAUCAUAGUUUACAAAAACACCACGCAUAACUAGUUGCCCCCAUCCAAUGAAUUCAUUGACUUCGGAUGGUAUAGUUACGUCACUGUCUCGGUGUCAUACCAAAACUCCUCUCGCCUCGCACAAAUUCCAGAAGCCAACAAGUUACGCGCGGUCUAUAGACGAUGGCCCACCUACAAGUGCCAGAACGAAACUUAAGUCGCGCAGAAGUCAAAAGUAAGGUAUCAUAUAUAUCAAGGGGGUAGAGUCUCUAGAGCAGCGUUUCCUAACCUUUUUCAGCCACGGACCCCUAGGAAAUCAAGCACAGUUUUGCACGAGCCCGAGCACUGUAGGUAGUAACUGCCACAAACUUCUUACAAGUAAUAUCAUGAGUGGAAUAAAGUUGUAGAAUACUUCAAAUAUUGCUUCACCUGUAGUGUGCGAAGGCAGAGGUAAACAAAAUAAAUGAAAAAACAUAUGCAAGCUAGUUUGGAUAAUUUUUAAUAUCUGUGUUAGUCUCCCAUCUGAAAAGAAAAAAAUCUGCUCGCUUUAAAUAAAAGAGUAGCGAUUACGAGAUAUUAACAUUUAUGUAAUGGUCCAGAGACGACACCGCGGACCCCCAUACACAUACUCGCGGACCCCUAGGGGUCCACGGACCACACUUUGGGAAACGAUGCUCUAGAGACUCCAGUCUUAUUCCGUACCCCGCAUUGAUACACGCCGCGCACUUUCAGUGUAUUGCGUGUGGACAAUACCGAUGCAGAAAGCCCCUCGUGCGUUUCGUUCAGCGUUAGAUUAGCCCUCAUUCACACGACAGUUUUUUUAACGGACGUUAAAAAGGCGUUCAAGUAUAGUGUCAAGUUAAAUGAAGGUCUAUUUCCAAUGCCCAAAAUUGAAAAUGCAACACUACUCGAAAAAAAGCAUCGUGUGAACAAAUACUUGGGAAUGCAUUUGUUGUAUUUAAAUGCAUUUUGGCAUCCGUUAAAAAAGCUCUCGUGCGAAAGUUUUUAUGUUCAGCAAGUAUACAGUCUUUUAAAAACCUGACUCUUUUUUCCGAGGGAGUGUUGCAUUUUCAAUUUUGAGCGUUGAAAAUGGACCUUCAUUUAACUUCAUACAAUAUCAGAACGCUUUUUAACGUCCGUUGAAAAAGCUCUCAUGCGAAUAAGGGCUUAAACUUACACGCCGGUAGCUGUCAUUUGAGCGAAGCAACCUUCGCUUAUAGUCCUCACUGUUUAUGCACAAUAGGAACUUUCCAUGUGGCAUAGGUUGUCCGCAAAACCUUUAAAACAGCACAUCAAUGUUAUUUGUCACCUUGUAGUAGACUAUAUAGUGAAUUCUGAAUCCUAAAGCAUUAAACAGUGGAGAUGUUCAUUAAAUGGGUAAAUAGAAUAAUAAGGGUUUACUUGGUUAUAGUUUUUCCAUUGCACAACAUGUGAACUGAAAAAUAAAAUAGGUAUAUUUGCAGAAUGUUUUAACUUGGCACAUAAACACACACACCGUGUUUAUGUGUGUCUAUAAAUUAACGCAAGAUGUAAUUUACAGAGUGGCAUGUGUUUAAUGUGCCUUGUCAAAAUAAUCUGGACAAAAUAAUGUGUUUUUUUAUUUAUUUAGUUAGGUGUUAAAGUUAUUGUUAUAUGCUAUUGUAACGAAUUGAAUAACUUAAUUUCGAUUAUAUUUUUCACAAAGAAAGUAACUUUUGCCACUAAGUUGUAUUUUGGAACUUGAUUUAUUGUAACUUGUGCAACACAUUAAACAGAUUUGCACCAUAUUUAAUACCCUGAAAUACUUACUAUCUCUAUACUUCUGAUUCUGUACAAAAUGUUUAAUUAUUUAAAUGCAGGUGGUGUCCCUAACUAAUUGAUUAAUCAAAUCUGUAGUUAUAAGUUAAGAGCAAAAUGAAUCAAACAUUACGAAUAAAAAUACAAAUGAGUAAUAUACAUUGACCUCUUAUAAUAAAAGGACGCACAAUCAUGUAGAAAAAUUCACGCAAAAACUGGCCUAUUUUGCUUUGACAGUUUUAAAAUUAUUGGUAAAGAAAAUUAUACCUAAAGACUUUUUAAAUAUAGCCCAAAUUUCAAUAAAAUUUUAAAUUCAGAGCAAAUUCAACCUUAAGUAUUAAUUUAAGGUUGAAUUUGCAAAUGCGACUACUCGAAUUGAGUGCUAAAAAGUUGUGUUUGGCACUCAUUGAGUGGGAACGUUUAUUAGUCGCUGAUUGUGCUUCCACUUUUUAAUAGGAGAUCGAUGGUAAUAUAUGAUUAAAUUUGGUAUGAUUAAUAAACUAGACACAAUAUUUUAAAAAUUUGUGGAAAGAGACUUCCUUUGUAAAAAGUAUUGCUUUUAUAGUCGUGUAAUUUUUAGUUGACAUUUUUUUGUUUAUGUAUGUUUUGACUUAUAAAAAUUCAUGAUCUUUUUUGCUCGUUUAUAGGAUUAGAUAGUAAUUUUUUUGCAGGUUGCAAGGGUUUUUAAAAACAUUAUUUUUUUUGAAAGCGAAAGAAUUGUUAAAUUUGAGUGUUUAAAAUAAUAAAGCCCUGCGUUAAUAUUUUCAAUUAUUAAACACGGUACAAACUUUUAACUACAUACUUAGUUUGUUUUUUCAUUUGUUGUUAGUUUGACUGUAUAUUUAUAUUAAUACAUUUAUUUAUUAAUUCAACUGAAAAAUGACUCAGAGAAUCAUUUUUAUACAGUAAAAAAACUUGUAUCUGUCGAUGAACCUAUACUUAAAAGCGUGUAGUGUGGUUCUAUUGGAUAACACAUAUCUACACGUUUAAUAUCCGAAUCACUGAGGAUAUACAACGCAAGUUUUGUAUUGCAAAUUCAGACAUGAAAAUUUUAAAUUUCAAUGUUUUCUAUCAAUUUAUAAUCUUUGUGAUUUUGUCCUUUUAGAACUAACUUACGACUUCAAUGUAACUUACGACAUGGUUAAACUUUGUUUUGUGACUGUUUACACUGGAAAAUAAUAAGUCAAUUUCUGUUAUUAAA